UCUCUUUGGAUAAAUACUCUUUGAAACAUAAAAACCAAAGAUAAAUACUGCGCGCAAAGAGAAUUAUUAUAUAACUGCGCGUAUCAAGAAUAUAAAAAAAUGAGAGCAAAAUUCAAAAUGUGUUUUCUUUGAGUAAUAUUAUUUCCAAUAAAGUAAAUCGCUGAAAAAAUAAGAUAAUACUUUAGCAGUCUGCUGAGGAAUUAUAUGUCAAUGUACUAUAUCGAUCAUUUUUUGAAGACAAUAUGGACCAAAGCCAGAAACAAGCAGAACCGAAUGAAGACACAAAUGCAAGUUUUACCAAUAAAUCCACGUCGCUCGGCAGUCUCAUAGCUUGGAACAUAACUAAGGCACUAGAGAAGAGUUCACAGAUUGAUAUAAAGUGUGCAAUAAAAGCGGCACAGGCGCGGCUGGAGCGAGACGCGAGCGUGGUGAUCUCCCAGUGCCCCGAGGAGCGGCAUCUAGAGUGCGCGCUGCUCGCCUGGCAACAGCUCGGACACGCUCACGCAGACAGUCUAUACAAAUUUUAUGAAACGAAGAAAAGGGAUCAGGAACUCAAAGCUAAUGUUCAUGCUAAUAAAAUAAAUGAUUUUCUAAAGAUACUGGACUUCAAACCUACUGUAAAGAACAAAGAGAGUAAAGAUUUAAAACUAUCUAAAGCUACUGAUUCAGCCAGUUUUAAUUUAUACUCUGUGGGCCCUGUGUUAAAGUUGCCAAUUGAAACAAAAGUCAUUAUGAGAAUGGAAAAUUCUGGUAAUAUUCGUCAAUCAAGCAAAAAACCAAAAGCAGACGAAAAGAACAUUAUGAAUAAAAUAGACGCGAUAUGUUGUUUGGAUUCUGGGUGUAUUGAGCGGCUGAGUACCCUAGAUGCGACGACAAGCGAGCUGCGACUGCGAGCAGGCAAGCUUGCAAAACGGGAAGCGGAAAGAGCCGAGUUACUAGAGCGGGCCGAGGCGGCUUGGAAGAACUUAGAGUUAGGAUACCACAGACGACUCACGCUUGCCGAGGAGAAAGAAGAUGAUAUUUCCAAACAGAGCCAGAAAUUGAUUGAAGAACGAAACAGUUACAAAACUGUGUGCACCACGUUGGUCCAGCAACUCAAGGAACGAGGCGAGGCGGCGGAGAAAGAUCAAGUGAAGUUGUCAGAAGUAGAGAAAACUGUGUACGAUCGUGCCUGCGUGAGACUUCGCCUGAGCGAGCAGGUCGCUAAAGGGGAAUCUGCACUUGCUGAGCAACAUUGCCGAGGAGCACAGGCGGACAGAGAUUUACAGUUCAAAGAAGAGGAAGCACGUCGCAAGUUGCACAACAUGGAGAGCGAGCUGGAGUCGACGCGAGCACUGACGCACGACGCGGAGCGUGCGCUGCGCGCGGAACUAGGCGCUCUCAAGGAGCAGGUCGCGCGUGUUAGCCAACUGCUGCUGGCCGAAGACGCCGACACUGGACAAAUCAAGAAAGAGUUGGAAGAAUUGCAGCUAGAGAAAAUGGGUAUGGUAGAAGAUCUAGACGGCUGUAAGGUGAUGUGUGAAAACCGUAUGGAAGGCAAGAUGAACGAGUUGAAGGCAAAGAAGCAGCAGCUGAACGAGCUCAACGACAAGGUUAUCGAGUGUCGCUGCAACUUCCCUAUCGAUGCUACAGUAGAAGUAAAGCGCACGGCUUCCCUGGCAGCCUUGUGCCACUGCACACCUGAAGACAAAAAUUUGGAUUCUUGUUCGUGUACGUCCCUGAGGUCUCAACUUCUUUCAAAUCUAUUAGCUGAUUUGUUCGGAGGAUUGCUUACUGAGUUGGGUUGGACAGGAUCGCAGAUGCCGUGCCAACUUCUUAAAUGUCUUGAGGAUAGCCACAAUUGGGAUCGUUCUUCAGUUCUCAAAACGAAUUUGAGAAGUUUUUUUGCGCGAUUGCUUGUCGGAGAGUUGGAUAUCGCUAUUGCUACGUCUAUAGAAAAGUAUCACGCCAAGUGGGUUGGAGCAACGUGUGCCGACAUAACCAGAACAAUACCCAAUAUUCGUGAAUCAGACAGUAUAGCCUGGCAAGACUGUGCUAUGGAGCGUCGAGCACAAAAACUCGCCACCAAACUGGCCGAACAAUUGUUUAAAGACCGAGCUGACGAGCUUGCACAACGAGCCAAAGAUAUUGUCACAUCGGGUCCGCCGCCCUGCGAGUGUGGACCACAAUCAGCUGCGUACUCGUGCAUAGUGAAGCAGCCGACUAUAACGGCUGGUAACACAAAGGGUGGCGAAACUAUCUCACCCUAUUGGCGUCGCACGCAAAAUGAUGUUACCCAACUCAGACUACAAGUAGAGAGUCUAAAAAAGGAUGCCAUCAAAAAAGUUGAUUUGAAGACAAUGGAAGAGAAUAUUGCUAAACUUGUGGAACGUACUUCGGUACAAGAUAGUGUCAUUGCCUUAACUGCAGAUAGAACCGAAGAAGCAACUAUGAGUACAAAACCGUUGAAUUUGACCUGCAGUUCAACCAAAAGGAAAUCUUCAUUAAUUAAUGGCCCAAAGAAAGGAAACAAGAAGAUAUGUAACAUGACAUAUCAAACGGACAAGUCAGCGAAGUCCUUCAAUAAACUGAAGCAAACAUUCGCUGUUAAUUUGUGUCUUUGCGGUACACAAACUGCGGCCAAGAAAAUAGCACAAGACGAUAAACGACUUCCAGAGAGGAGUACAGUUCAAAACUAUGACAAAAAUUCAUUGCAGAAAAUCCCUUCCAAUAUUCCUUCUUCACAAAUACGUAAGGAACAAAAUCUUUUAAAUGUUCCUUUAACACAAAUACCUAGGCAACAAAAUUCUGCCAAUGCUCCCGUAUCACCAAUAUCUAAGCAAACACGUCCAUCAAAUGGUUCUUUGUCACAAAUACCUAGUAUUAUAAAGAAAACGAAACCAAUUAAUACACUCAAAGAAAUCAGCAAUGACAAACAAAGUAACACCUCUACGAAGAUUAUUUGUAAGAAAGAAUGUGUCUGUUUUCAUAACAAGCCAUCAAAUACAUCAAUUGAUAAACUUUUAGAAACUAUAGCUAAAUGGAAAAGUGAUCUAACCGUUUCGUCAACUAAUCAAGGAAAAAAAUAUAAAAUGGACCAAUAUGUCAUGCCAAGUGAAAAGAGUAUAAAGGUUAAAAAAAGCAGUAGAGUAAGUUAUGAAUUUGACGAAGAAGCAGAAAAACAAAUAAUAAAAAGUAUCGAGAAACGUCACUCUACGGAUAAUCAAGGAUACAUCAAGGAUACAGAAGUUCAACAAGUUGUACCAAGAACCACAGAGUCUGAAUAUAUAGGAGCGGUAAAUUUAGACAAAAGUAACGAAAGUCUUUGUAAAUGUGAUGAUAAGGACGAUAAAAAAAAGGAUUGUGAUACUGGUACACCUCAUAAAUGCAUCACUAGUAAAAAAUGUUGCUGUAAGAAAUCCUCUACAAAAUCAGAUAUACCAUCUGAAAAACCUUUGCCAAUAGACGAGAAACUGAUGGGAAAUGAUGAUCGAAAACUACUACAGAAUAAUUCAUCCACUAAAAUGGGAAUUAAAACGAAAGAUUUAUUUUCAUGUGAUUGUGAUAUUACGUUAUUGGGUGUUACCCUUGCUGAUAAAAAAUCUAAUAAAAGACAAAAAAUACACACAAAUUACAGUGGCUGUAAUGAUGAUGAUGACUACGACACAGAUAAUGAUUUUAAUCGAAUGAAUAAGUUUAAUUACAAUAAGAUGAAAAGAAAGGGAAGGAAGGGCAGAAAGGCUAGAAGAAAUCAUUGCGAUGAUUGUUCGAUAUCUUGUAAUAUACCUCCUACUUGCCAAUGUCAAGACAAUGUUGAAAUUAAAGAUUUUAUUACUGAUUUUUGCAACAAACCGAAAGAUGUCUUCAUCCUAAGUGUUGAUAAGGGAAUCGAUGUUAAUGAUACAUUUGAAGGUGAAUCAAAGGAUGAUAACAUCAUGAAAGGUGAACUAAAAGUAGAAGAUUGUAUUUGUUGCAACCUGACCGAUGUAGUUGAAACUAAAAAUUUAGAAGAAAAUACGUUUCACCUAUUGGAGGAACAUUUAAAAGAGAAAUUAAAUGAUUUUAAGAGAACUUCUUGCAAAUCGUCAUGUAUACCACUAGAAGACGAAAAAAAACUCUUUUCAACACUCAUUUAUAGGGUUAAACAAAUAAUUUUAGACACGACAAAUAAUGUUUCUUGUAGGUGUUCCUCAAAACCUCCAAUGGAAGGAAGCUGGAAUAGGGCUUAUAGCUUAUUGCAAGAAUACUUAAAGGCGAAAAUACAACGACUUCAAUGUCAAUGUACAACGAAAGAACAUCCGCCUCCGAUUGAAAAUAUUUUGGAUAGAGUUAGUAAAUUAAUUGAACACGAUUUUGAACGUUUAAAUAUUUGUAAAUGCAAUAUUAUGGAUCAAACACAUGGUAUAAAUGUUUCCGGACAGAUUUUAUGGGAAGAGGAAACUCCUGUAAAAGAUUUAUGCAAACCUCAAGCAAAUGGUUAUUUAGUUAAUGAUGAAACACAACAUUCAUACGGCUCUGAGGGAGGUACAAUUGGUAAACCUGAACAGGAUUCCCUAAAAUCCAUAAUGGUUACAGAAAAUAUGUCAUCUCAAGUUCCUUUAAAUUUAGGCAUGGAAACAAAAUCUUGUAAUGUUUUUGAAAAAACUUCCGUAAAUAUUCAGACAAGUGAGAUAAAAAAGAUAAGCGCAUAUAACGAGUCCGAGGCGAUAGUAACCAAAUCCCAUCAUGAUUGCUGUUGUGACAUUCCCCAGAAACAAUAUGUGCCUGCAUUUGGGUUCGGCACGACUGAAGUAUUAGUAAAUCAAUUCACAAAAGUAGCAAAAGGACUUGAUGUAAAUAGAUUUCCGAAAAACAUAAUACAUUAUAGGUCAUAUAGUUAUCCAGGUUUAGAUCCACAACGUUGCACGGCUACAGCUACGGAAAAUAAUAAGAAUGCAAAAACUAAUAAUGGAACUAAUACAUGCAAUGAUGAUAAUUGUAAUGCUAGUAAAAUAACAAAUUUUCCAUAUGUUGGAUACACAGUAGAUUGUUCUUGUGACAGAAAUAUAGGUUCUUGUGUUUGUAUGAAAUCUGUUGUUCAAGCAAAUAACGAUAAGAUUGUUGACAUGUGGAAAACAUAUAUAGAUUAUAAUAAAACACAAUUAAAAAACGUAUCUUAUAUCAUGAAAAGUACAGGCCUAAAGCCGAUUACUAUAAUUGAUCGAGUUACAGAAGAAUCGCAUAGAGAAACAAUCGAGAGUACAGAAUAUAAAAAGCAUGAAUUUUGCGAAGUAAAAUUAAGUACGUGUGGCGAUGAGGACAUCACUUUAAAGAAAUCUCGGAGAAAUAUUGACGUUCACAGCGCAGCUUGUGCUUUAACAGAAAGUUUUAAUGUAGAUUCAAAUUGUUUAGAGGGCAAAGAUUCGUUAGAUUGGUGUGAAUGUUCUUCUAGACCUGUAAACGUGUCUAAUACUGCAUAUGGCAAUACAGUAUGUUCUCCGUCGUCCUCGGAUAUGUUUGAAAGAGACCUUGGUGACGAUGUGGCCUUAGCUCAAUUACCCAGGAAUUGUAACUGUGAUGUCGUGCCCAUAUGUCACGUAAAGAUGUUAGUUGAAAGUAUAGAAAACAAAUUAAUACAAUCUCAUUGUACAUGUGACUCGCUUGUGUCGGUUGUAUGUCCUAUCCAUUCUUCUGGAUUAUUGUAAUUGAAUUAGAAAUUUUAUUAUUUUGUUUUUUUAAUUAUAUGGAAACUUUCAGCGAUUUAUUGAAUUUCGUACACUUUAAUAUUGCAAUAAAAUCAUCAAAAUACUCUUUAAAUUAUAUAUGCGCUUUUAUAUUUU